AUGGAUAAUUUAUUCAUUGUUUUCAGCGCCUCGUCGAGACUGUUUUUCUUCGACAUUUCUUACGCUUUAUUUUCGUUCUUCUUUUCUUCCUCUUUCCUUUCUUUUUCAUUUUUAUUUUCCUUCUCUUUUUUCUUUUUUUCCUUUUUAAUUUAUUUUCUUUCUUUUUUCUUUCUUUUCAUUUUAUUUUUAUUUUCUUUCUCUUUUCUUUCUUUCUCAUUUUUUAUUUUUUUUCACUUUUCUUUCUUUCUUUCCUUCUUCUUAUUUUUAUUUUCUUUCUUAUUUUAUUCUCUUUCUUCUUAUUGUCUUUCUUUUUAUUUUCUUUCUUUCUUUCUUUCUUCCUUCCUUCCUUUCUUUUUUCCUUCUUAUUUUCUUUCUCUUUUCUUUCUUUCUUUCUUUUCUUCUUUCUUUUUUCCUUCUUAUUUUCUUUCUCUUUUCUUUCUUUCUUUCUUUCUUUCUUCCUUCUUAUUUUCUUUCUCUUUUCUUUCUUUCUUUCUUUCUUCCUUCCUUCCUUUUUUCCUUCUUAUUUUCUUUCUCUUUUCUUUCUUUCUUUCUUUCUUCCUUUUUUCCUUCUUAUUUUCUUUCUCUUUUGUUUAUUUCUUUCUUUCUUUCUUUCUUUCUUUCUUUCUUCCUUCUUAUUUUCUUUCUCUUUCUUUUCUUUCUUUCUUUCUUAUUUUCUUUCUCUUUUCUUUCUUUCUUUCUUUUUUUCUUUCUUUCUUCCUUCUUAUUUUCUUUCUCUUUUCUUUCUUUCUUUCUUUCUUUCUUCUUAUUUUCUUUCUCUUUUCUUUCUUUCUUUCUUCCUUCCUUUUUUCCUUCUUAUUUUCUUUCUCUUUUGUUUAUUUCUUUCUUUCUUCCUUUUUUCCUUCUUAUUUUCUUUCUCUUUUCUUUCUUUCUUUCUUUCUUCCUUCACUUUUUCCAUCUUGUUUUCUUUCUCUUUUGUUUAUUUCUUUCUUUCUUUCUUUCUUCCUUCCUUCCUUUUUUCCUUCUUAUUUUCUUUCUCUUUUCUUUCUUUUUUCUUUUAUUCUUUCUUUCUUCCUUCUUAUUUUCUUUCUCUUUUCUUUCUUUCUUUCUUUCUUCUUAUUUUCUUUCUCUUUUCUUUCUUUCUUUCUUUCUUUCUUUCUUCCUUUUUUCCUUCUUAUUUUCUUUCUCUUUUCUUUCUUUCUUUCUUUCUUCCUUUUUUCCUUCUUAUUUUCUUUCUCUUUUCUUUCUUUCUUUCUUUCUUUCUUCCUUCCUUUUUUCCAUCUUAUUUUAUUUCUCUUUUGUUUCUUUCUUUCUUUCUUUCUUUCUUCCUUCCUUUUUUCCUUCUUAUUUUCUUUCUCUUUUCUUUCUUUCUUUCUUUCUUUCUUUCUUUCUUCCUUCCUUCCUUUUUCCUUCUUAUUUUCUUUCUCUUUUCUUUCUUUCUUUCUUUCUUUCUUUCUUUUCUUCUUUCUUUUUUCCUUCUUAUUUUCUUUCUCUUUUCUUUCUUUCUUUCUUUCUUUCUUCCUUUUUAUUUUCUUUCUCUUUUCUUUCUUUCUUUCUUUCUUUCUUUCUUUCUUCCUUCCUUUUUUCCUUCUUAUUUUCUUUCUCUUUUGUUUAUUUCUUUCUUUCUUCCUUUUUUCCUUCUUAUUUUCUUUUUUUUUUUUUUCUUUCUUCCUUCCUUCUUAUUUUCUUUCUCUUUUCUUUCUUUCUUUCUUUCUUUCUUUCUUCCUUUUUUUUUUUUUUUUUUUCUUUUUUCUUUUUCUUUCUUUUCUUUCUUUCUUCCUUCCUUUUUUUUUCCUUCUUAUUUUCUUUCUCUUUUUAACUGACACUUUGAUGCACUUCUUCUUCUUCUUCUUCUUCUUCUUCUUCUUCUUCUUCUUCUUUCCCAUCCUUUUUCCUCCACUUCUCCUCUUUCUUCUUCUUCUUCUUCUUCUUCUUCUUCUUCUUCUUCUUCUUCUUCUUCUUCUUCUUCUAUUGUUCCGACUCCUUUACUCAUUGUCCUUCCCUUUACCACCUUCAAAAACAGAACCUAAUCAAUAA